AAGCUGUCUUCCCUGCGCCACUGGCCCGACAAAACGUUGCUGUAGCAGAGCCAGUCCGACCUGAGGCAGAGCACACACACAGGAGAAAGCACGUACGCACACGGGGAAUCUUUUUUUUCACGACCGAGUGACUUUGAUUUGCAUAUCCACUUCCACUCCUUCCUCAUUUGCAUACAGCAAGAAUGGCGAGCGGGCAUCCCACAGACAAAUUCAGUUUCAUGUAUCAACCAGACACGCACAAGAGCAAGAACAGGUUAUCAUCAGCUAUGAAUCCAGUCUACAGCCCUGUUCAGCCUGGCACCCCAUAUGGAAACCCUAAGAACAUGGCCUUUACAGGCUAUCCAGGAGGGUAUCCUGCCACGGCUCCCACCUAUACACCAAACCUCUAUCAAACAGGAAGUCCUGGGUAUCCACCAGGAUACACUUCAGCAGGCACCCCAUACAAAGUGCCCCCCACUCAGUCAAAUGGAGCUCCCCCUCCCUACACCCCGACCCCCACCCCAUACCCAACAGCGAUGUACCCCAUCCGCAGUGCCUACCCUCAGCAGAACAUAUACGCACAGGGAGCGUAUUAUACCCAGCCAGUGUAUGCGGCUCAGCCACAUGUGAUCCAUCACACCACCGUGGUGCAGCCUAACAGCAUCCCCUCCACAGCCCUCUACCCUGCCCCCGUCCCAGUACCUGCUCCUCGCAACAACGGCAUGGCUGCCAUGGGGAUGGUAGCUGGGACAACCAUGGCCAUGAGCGCAGGGACCCUGCUGACAACGCCCCAGCACCCCCAGAUUGGAGGACACCCAGUUACUGUGCCAACCUACAGGCCCCAAGGGACACCUGGGUACAGCUACGUACCACCUCACUGGUAGAGCCCACCCAUCAUGUCUGGAGUCCACCAUCGUAUGCAACUGCUCAAAUCUUACACGGGCUCCCACUGGUAACCACGGGAACUCGGCACCUGUCUGCAAGAACAAAACUAAAGUGCAACAGCCACUUUACUAUUAUUGUUAUUGUUAUUAUACGACAUUCUCUAACGUUUUUUCCAAAAGCUGCUUUUAUUUUUUUAUUUUUUCUCUGUUCAUUUGCCAACCAGUCAUUACCUUAUUUUGUAUGUUUUUUUGUUUUUUUUUUAUUUCCUCACAUUCUUUUGCUGUGUCUGUCAUUGGAUCUCCAGAAGGACUCUUGACCAACCACGGGUGUCAGUCGCUCCUGUUUCUGUGUUGUGCUGGUGUGUGUGGUCCUUCCUGCUGCUGCUCAGUUGGCUGGAAAAUAUCGGGCACUUAUUCCUCAUUAUGAUCUCCAUCAGUCAUUACAAAGACUUAUUGACUUAUGCUGCCAAAUUUUCUAACGACUAGAUAUCAGCACAGGGUUUUAGCAUAAUUUGGAUUUUUGGUUUUUUGGGAGGGGUUAUUUAAUUUUUAAAUACUCUUUCUUAUUUACCACACUCAACUGAAUUUUCCCACCUUUGUUCUUCCUUCCUCUUCAUCCUUUUUUUAAUCUACUUGGUUUAAUUUUCAGUUCAAUCUCAGUCGUCUUCCAGCGCAUAGCUGUCUGUUCGGCGGUAGUCAGUCCAUCAUCCCUGCCGUUACGUCUCCGUGCGAGUGCUGUGUCGCUACGAGCAGAGCACUUACUGACCAUUACCCAUCCCUGGUCGCUGUCCCAUUGUGUCCACAUUAGCAUUAGUACCUAGUACCCACCAAGAAAACAUCAUCUACUUCAUGGUACAUACUAUGCAGGCUAGUAUGUUGUGACAGUAUCAAAAUCUUAACCUUAGCGUAGGUCAGUACAUUUAGAGAAUGUGCAGAUAUUUAUAAUAAACCGUGUCAACAGCGUGGGUGGUCGUGCACACUUUUGCAAACGCAUACACACAAACACACAUAAGCAUGCACACACACACACUUGGAAAACACACCAUCACUUAGCAGCACUUACUGUACAAUACCUCCAGUUAUGUUGUUAUUGAUCAACACGCAAACACACACACACACACACACACACAACGUGGACUUUUCAGGGUGUGUGUGGCAGACCACAGAGAAGGAGUUUAAAGGGAUUGUGUUGGCGGGAGGAAAGAAGACAACGAGGAAGGAGGGGGUCGCUUGUUCACAGUUGGUCGUUUCAUUUCAAGGUACAAAACAUUUGAGUUUGUGACGGCUCACCUGCAAGAGACUGCGCAAACACAC